AUGACCUUCAUCCGUGUGGUGCUGAUGAUGGGACGAGGUGUUAACUCGUUAAAAUUCUUCGCCUCUAUCGGGAACUUCCUAUGGGGCUUUCCACGUAAAAUCCCCCACGAGGACGGUGCGCUGCUGAUCAAGAACGAACCGCAGGACAUUCCACUGAAGAAACCAAAGCUUAUGGGCGACGUGACGUCGCUGUACCACAGCAGCAGCAGCAGCCGGCUACAGUCCCAGCACAUCGUCGGCUCGCAGCAACACCAUCUGUCCCAGGCGCACCACCAGCAGACGAGCUCGGCGUUCCGCCCGUGGGCCGCGCAGAAGGCGCAGAAGUACGCGCAGCAACAGCAGCAGCUGAUCCUGCAGCAGAUGGCGGUAGCGGCCGCCGCCGCCAACGGGAGCCCGUACGCCAACGGCACGACCGCCCUCGUCAACGGCACGGUGGUCCGGACGACGUCGCCCGGCGGCACGAUCCUAGCGCUCAGCCAGGAGCCGCCGCUGCUGCAGAACCCGGAAAAUGUGGUCCCCAUGUCGGAGACGGACAAGUUCGAGCGAUCGUACCAACCGAACGUGGCCCUGGCACCCCGCAAGUCGAUCCUCUGCAAAGAAUCGUCGUCCUCGUCCUCGUCGGCGGCGGUGGUGCAGCCACCGCAUCCACGGGACCACGACAACAAGGAGCAGCGCUCGGUGAUAAAGUGUGAAGUACAAAUCAAGCAGGAAAAUCCUCCGACGCCGCCACCGCAGCCGCCGAUGCUGCCGUCGGCUGCGGGCAGUGAGACGGCCACGAUCGUGCGGUCGGUGAUCAAGUGCGACGUGCAGAUCAAGCAGGAGCGACCGGGCACGCCACCAUCGGCCAGCCACCUGGACGGCAGCCCACCACCACCCACCGGCGCCGCACACAUUCCGGUCGCCGGAUCGUCGUCCUGUUCGUCGCCACCACCGCCACCACCACCUCACAUUCGGCCAGCACCGACCGGGAUCGCCAUCAGUACGAUCAUCGCCAAGCAGCAGCAGCAACGCCACGUGCUAAUCUCCUCGAUGGCUCCGUACGGUAGCAGCGGGGGGAGCAGCGGUAGCCAAAGCAACAGCCCGGUAACGAUCCCUCCGCCGGAUGGGCACUCCGGGUCGAACGAAAUCACAUCGUCCACGUCACCGUUGCCUCCGCCGAUCAACAUGAGCGCGAUCGCCGCGAUGAACGGUGGCUCGCGGACGGUGGUGGGCGACAAGCAUACGAAGCUGGUGCUGAUCAAGGAACCCCUCAGUCCGCCGCUGGCCGAUCGGACGAGUCCGCUCUCGUUGCGGCACUCGCCCGGCACCCACCAACAACACUUGCUUCACCAGCAGCAGCAACAGCAGCAGUCACCGCCAUCUCCACCUCACCACGUUGCGGAGCACCAUCAACCGGUGUACCUGCACCACCAUCCGCACCAUCACCCGCCGCUCCAUCACCACCAUCACCACCAGCAGGGUCACAUGCUGCACCAUCGAUCUCACCACGGGCCGCCGGCAGCGGUGGCCGCGUCGAUCAUCCACAAGAACGGAGUGCCCGUCGUGGGCAACUCCGAGUUCGAGCUGUCGACCGACACGGACGACGACAGCCAGGCGGGCGAACCGGACAGCAGCAACGGGGCGUCGCCGAUCGAGCUGAUCAGCGAGGUGCUGAAGGACGUGGAACCGAAAACCAGGCAGCAGAUCCUGGACCUAUUCAAGGUGCUGGUCCAGGAGAACCGAAUGGUGGCGCUGGAGAACCAGCGGUUGCAGCUGGACAGUCGCGCCAAGGACGACCAGCUGCUGGAGCUGCACCGACAGAAGGACGACCACCAGCAGCAGUUGGUCCACCUGCAGCAGGAGCUGAACCGGGCGGUGCUGAAGAUCGAGGCACUUCGGCUGCACAGCCAGCAGUUGCAGCUGCUGCAGCACCAUCAGAAGCACGCCGACGAGCGCGUGGUGGAGCUCAUGGGUGGCGGCGAAUCUAGCACAUCCUCGUCCACGCCACCGUCGCCACUGUCGCUCGUUAGCAACGGAAGCAGCGGCACGGGCGGCCAGCUGCUCGAACGGCGGAACAGUUUUCCGGAAAAGUCGGAAAUCAUCAUGAAGCCGCUGAAAAAGUUGCUACGCCGCAGCCCGGACGAUACGGUGCAGGCGACCGCGACGGCUACGGUACUGAUGUUGGCGUCUCCACCGGCUCCGGCACCGUCGGCCACUAGCAGCACACCCUUGCCACCGCCAGCGCUUCUUCCUGCGGGCCUGUCAAUUACGGCUGCCACCGUUAAGGCACCGAGCCAGCACCACCUUCCGGAGACGGAAGCGGCCACCGCAGCAGCAGCCGACGAGGACGUCGACGGCGACGCGUCGCACAUUUCGCCGCCACCGUCGAAACACCCGCGAAAGGUGGCUCUCCUGUUGUCGUCCUCGUUGUCGUCGUCAGCGUCACCCGUGAACGGUUCGUCGCAAUCAUCAACACCACCACCACCACCAAGUGCCAGCAAUGUACCUGUAUCACCGACAACGAUAGCGGCGGCGUCCCCGACAACGGUGGCAGUGACGGUGGCGUCUCCACCGCCCCCGAACGCCUCCUUGACCAAAUGUACCAAAAACCCGUCGGCGACGGACACGCCGAGGGACACGGCGGGCGACGACGGGCUAGAUCCUGCCUCGACGGCUGCCAACCGGCGGCCGUCAACAUCACCGAGACCUUCUUCCCGGCCAUCAUCGGGAGCUUCCGGUGGUGCGGUGUCCAAUGUUGAGGAAGAACCGACACGGCCACCGCCGGCAACGGCAGCAUCAGCUGCAACAGUAGUGACCACCACCACGGAGUCCAAUGUCAGCGUCGGAGUGGGGUUCUCCGGAGCAGCCAAAGCACCAACCAUUAUCCACAGCAGCAGCAGCAGCAGCAAACCGGAUGCGGCAGCGACAGCCGCCGCGGCCAGCAACCAGGAGAACGAUUCGCCAAAUCGCACCAACGGCAACAGCAGCGACAGCAACAGCAGCAGCACCGCCGAUAACUGA